AUGAAACUCUGUUUGAACGACAGUAAUUGUAUCAACAAUGGACAAUGCGUUUCAGGCAUUUGCGUUUGUACCAGCCAACAUUUCACUGGUAAACACGAUGAACAUCGAUAUAAUUCACUUACAUUACCUAUGGUUGGAGCUAUUGUUCAUGAUAUUCCAUCAUCCUAUCAUGUCUAUAUUUUUAUCUGUAUUAUCUUAACUUUUAUCGGUUUAAUCAGUAGUAUUUUAUCUUUCAUAACAUUCAUUCGUGGUCGUGUUCGAUAUACUGUAUGUGGAGUUUAUUUAAUCACGUUUUCAAUAUGUGCUAUAAUAUUGAUGAUAUUAUUUAUAACAAACAUCAUUAUUACUAUUCGAUAUGAUAAUUAUUUACUUCGUUUAUGGGCUUGUCACGGUCAUCCGUAUCUAUUUCUUGUUAUGAUCAAUAUGAGUAUUCUCAUGACUGUUGGCAUUGCUAUUGAGAAUGUAUUGGUUCGAUAUUUUACAUUUGACAGAUUUCGUUCUCGUAAAUGUUCUGUUUUUAUUGUUCUCUAUCUUUUCGUUCUUGGCUUUGCAUCAAAUCUUGAUAAGGUACUUACUCGAAAUUUAAUAUCGGAUCAAUUAGGUCAGUUCUAUUGUACUUAUGACUAUCGUAAAACUAAAUUUUGGUUUUAUAUUAAUAAUUCUAUAACGUAUUUUUAUAUGAUUAUUCCAUGUGUAAUUCAUACCAUAUUUAUUCUAUUUAUUAUCUUUGAAAUAAUAAAACAAAAACAAAAAUCUUAUCGAAAAAUAUUUACACGCAUGGAUAUUCUUUUACCAUCAUUUGUUGUUAUUUUAUGUUUGUGUACGUAUGGUACAAUUCGAUAUUUAUUAGAUUCUUGCAUUAUAAAUUCGAAACUAUUAUAUAUUCGACUGCAUAUUGCAUGUUUAUUAAUUCUUUAUAUACCACAAAUAUUUAUAUUUGCACUUUAUGUACUACCUAAUAAGUCUUAUCUACAAGAAUUCAAAAAAACAUGGAUAUAUCAAGUAUUAUGUUAUUGCCUUGGAUAUAAAAAACUGCAAACUAUAGAAUUUCAAUCAAUUAAUAAAUUAUGGCAUCGACGACAUUCAUUAGAAAGUGUAAUGGCAAUAUCGACUCUCAAUGACUAUUUACUUAAUAGUGAGAUUUAUAAAAAUAUUAAAUUGGAAGUUUAA